AUGGAUAUCCCGAAUGGCUGUUUAGCAGUUUAUGUCGGUGAGCAAGAGAAGAAGCGAUUUGCAGUUCCUGAGGCUGUCGAGUUUUUUGCAGAAUCAGGCGGAGGUGAUGGCUGCGCUGGUGAAGAAUCCAAUGGUGAUGAAACUUGGCUGAAGAAAGAAGAGAAGGCAAAGAUGAAAACUGCCACGGUGAUGAUUGGUAGAGGUGCAGCAAGUGGCUUUUGGUCGAGAUUGCUAGGGGUAUGGACAAGUCAGAAUUAG